UCUCAGCCGAAAACGACCGGGUUGGACCUUUAGAGAGACCGAACCGAAGCCCUUCGCGCUCAUCCCUGCACGGAGCGGCGGCGGCGCCAGCUACCGGCUACCCCCUACCCCGCCCCCCAAACGACCGAGCUCCUCCGCCUUCCCCCCGAGUGCACGGUUGUCUCCACCAAUCGGGCGGCGGCUGUUGUUUUCCCCUCCCCUAUCCCGUCCCUCUCGCACAACAGAGGGGCAGCCAAGCUAUUACCCGUCGAGAAGCGACACGGCGGCGGCGGCGGUAGCGGACACGUGAGCAACCAUAUCGCAGUCGAGACGAACAACGCGGGCAGAACCGCGGACGCGCCAACGCCUAUUAUCUCCUGCUCGUCGCCGGAACCGACCAACCGAGCGCCCGCGGCAAUGCUGUUGCGCGCCUCCGCCAUCCGCCGGGCCGCCUUCUCCACCGUCGUGGCGAAGUCGGAGACGGGACUGUACGGCUUCGAUGUGCUGCGCACGGCCAAGGGCUUCCGCCGCUUCGUGGACGAGGCCAUACAGCGGUCGGAUGAGCUCGUUGCCUACAUCGCGCAGCUGCCGCCUUCCGCGGAGAUUGUCAAUGCCAUGGAUGAGAUCUCCAAUACCGUUUGCUCGGUCAUUGAUUCGGCGGAGCUGUGCAGGAACACGCACCCAGAUAGGGAGUUUGUGGAGGAAGGAGAUAAGGCAUCGAUGAGGAUUUACGAGCAUCUUCAAUACCUGAAUUCAAAUACUACUUUGUACAAUGCGAUACUAAAAGCUGAGAGUGAAGGUGUCCUGCUCUCGGAGGAAGCUCGAAAGGCAGCGGCUAACUUGUGUGCUGACUUUGAAAAAUGGGGAAUUCAUCUUCCUAAAGAUAAACUCGAGCGCGUUAAUCAGCUGAACCUUGCAAUUGCCCAGCUGGGUAGAAAGUUCAAUGAAAAUGUUAUGAACAAACCAGGUUUUGUGGAUAUAUAUCCAGCCUCGCGUAUUCCAAGAAAUAUGCAUCAUAACUUUAAGCCCGUUAGCCGUUUCAAACCUUGGGGUGUUGAAGAAGCAAGUAAUGCAAUGCACACAACAAGACAGAAGGGUCUUAGGAUAGUGACAGACUCGGGAACUGUAUCAUCAGCAUUGAGAUGGGUUCCGGAUGAGGAAGUCAGGAGACAGGUAUACAUUACAGGAAACUCUGAACCUCGUGAAAACAUUGCUGUUCUUGAUGAACUUAUAGAUGCUCGUGAUGAGCUUGGAAAGACUAUGGGUUGUAAAUCAUAUGCUGAAUUCGCUAUACGUCCUAACAUGGCUGCAUCUGUAGAUGUGGUCAUGUCAUUUCUCAGAGAUUUGAGCGACAUUGUUAGGCAUAAAGCUGAUGAGGAAUUUAAUACUAUACAAGAAUUCAAGAGAAGAAUAUGUAAUCAAAAGAGUGCUGAUCUGGAACCCUGGGACGAGGAUUACUUCAUUGGAAUGAUGAAAUCAUCUGCAAAUAGCGUGGAUCUCUCAGUUGUUGCAUCAUAUUUUCCAUUGGCCCAGUGCAUAAAGGGCUUAAACGUGCUGGUGGAAUCAUUAUUUGGUGCCACAUUCCAUCAAAUUCCUAUGGGUGAUGGAGAGUCAUGGCAUCCAGAUGUGAUAAAGCUGUCUCUGCAUCACCCUGAUGAGGGUGACUUAGGAUUUAUGUAUCUCGAUCUCUACUCCAGAAAGGGAAAAUAUCCAGGAUGUGCUCAUUUUGCUAUCAGAGGAGGGCGACGUUUAUCUGACAUGAACUACCAACUUCCAAUCAUUGCCUUGGUUUGCAACUUCUCAAGUUCUAAGGGAUUGACUCCACGGCUCAACCAUUGGGAUGUCGAAACUCUAUUCCAUGAGUUUGGCCAUGCCCUUCAUUCUCUGCUAUCUAGAACGGACUAUCAGCAUUUCUCUGGUACUAGGGUUGCUCUUGAUGUGGCUGAAACGCCGUCAAACCUUUUCGAGUUCUACGCGUGGGACUACCGUGUCUUGAAGACAUUUGCUCUAGAUGAAACAACUGGUGAUCCCAUACCAGAAAAGCUGGUAAAGGCACUAAAUGCUUCUCGGAACAUGUUUCCGGCCACUGAGCUUCAGCGGCAGAUUUUUUAUUCUAUGAUGGACUUAACUUUGUUUGGGGAGCAAGCAUCGAAACCCAUGGAUACAAUUUCUGCUGUUGCGGAUUUGAAAAGAAAGCACACAAGUUGGAAUUAUGUAGAGGGCACACACUGGCAUACUCGGUUUUCUCAUCUUAUAAACUAUGGUGCUGGGUACUAUAGCUAUCUUUAUGCUAGAUGUUUUGCCACAACUGUAUGGCAAGAAGUAUGCCAAGAUGACCCAUUGUCUCGUAGCACUGGUAGUGCGCUUAGGGACAAGUUCUUGCGGUUCGGUGGGGCUAAGGAUCCAUCUGCCUUAUUGAAGGAUCUUGCGGGUGAUUCUGUCAUCAGAAACUCCGGUGGUGGAAUAAUCCCUGACAUUAGCUCCCUGUGUAAAGAAAUUGGUUUGUGAGCUGAGGGUGCAGACAGGGAUUGUUAGUUUUGACACUGAGGUUGAUUAAAGGGGCAAACUCCAAACCGGAGUCGUCGAGAGCCUUGAGGUCAGGAGCUUGAUCGCCGGUUUCUGUGCCACACAGCACAGUCGAAGGCUGGUCGAAGAUCAAGCUGGGAUAGUUAUACGAGAUUCUUGACAAGAAAUUUAAUUGGUUGAGAUUUCAGGAUCCAACUGAAUGGAUGCUUUUUGACUGAUGAUUAAACUCAAGUCAACUUUUAUUUGUGCUGCUGUGUGCUGCCAGGAUUGUUCUGGGAUCUGUCAGAUGAGUUCGUUGAGUCGCCGCGAUCACAAUUCAUAAGAGUGCAACUGAUGCCUUAGUUGGUCUGUUGGAAUUAGCUGGAAAGAAGAAGAAAAAAUCGUUUGAAUCCAAGUCAGUUCUGUUCACCUACUCGAAUAACCUGUCAGUGCUUGUUCGUACCGUGGAAUUUUUACGGUAUUCAUCAUGCUUCCAGAUGGCCUGCCGCGGCACCUCGCGCACGUGGUUCUAUUUGAGGCAAUAGCACGAGCAUAUGCGUGGGUUUCUUUGCUUUGGGGUCUCGCUCAUAUCGUACUCCGUCUCCAGGUAUCAGGUAUAUGCUGUGAUUUUGACAGGUAGCGCUGUGCGUUUCCACAUUGCGACCUCGUCGCCAGCUUUGAAAUCGCCGCGGAGCCAAGGCGCCAAAUGGCCUCUGUUUGGACCGUUGCAUUAUGCAUCCACACGCUGGGGCUGCGUCCUUUUCAGCUGGAACUGCUUAACUGAAAUGUGUAAGCAAACAACUCUUUGAGCUCUGGUCAACCCAACUACCCAAGACAUGCUUAUUCUUAACUUGUU